AGCCAUCAAGGAAGUCUGCAGCAAUGCCUGCGACUCGCCAAUCCCGUUCUGCAUCCAGGGAUACACUGCGACGCGUUUCAACGUUAAUACUCCCGACCAAUGAUGCUGGCGAUGCUGCCAGGCUAUUCCGGAUGGAUUUAGGUGUUACGGGACAUACUUCUUUUUAUCGACAACCAAAACGCUAA